AAUUAGACAAACAACAGAAAAGUGUGUGCCCCCUGGCCUCUUACAACCUCUUAGUUCAUCUUUCAUAUGUGAUACAGUUUUCCUCGUCGUGGUCGUUACGCGUGAUGUUCCUUUAAGAAAAUACAUUUGAGCCGCUCUGCGCUGACGUAAGGGAAUUGGAGAGGCUGGUGUUCCCUGCAGGAGGAGGCAAAUAAACGUGAUGAGGAACAGCAAGGGGUACCAGAUUACUUUUUAACAUCUUCUUUUCUCUCAGUGUUGUCGUUUGUUUUUCUAUAUCUACGCGGACAUCCUUGGAACAGUGCAAAAAAAUGCAUCAUAACCAGGAGGAGCAGCCAGUAAUUCCAAUUACUGCGCAGCAUGGGACAGCGCGCCACAGUGGCUCCACAAGCCCGGGUAGCAGCUUGGACAGCGGCGUCACUGACCUCCAGCCUCCUCCUUAUUGUUACCAGGAGUUCCGGAGAAAUUCAGUGACAGAUGACUAUAAAGUCACAGCGCAGGUCCUCGGACUGGGAAUCAAUGGCAAAGUGCUGGAAUGUUUCUGCAAGAAAACAGGACAGAAGUGUGCCCUAAAGAUCCUGUAUGAUACCCCUAAAGCCAGACGGGAGGUGGAGUUGCACUACAGAGUGUCCGGAGGUCCCCACAUUGUCCGAAUCCUUAGCCUGUACGAGAACAUGCACCAGGGGAAAAAAUGUAUCCUCAUCAUUAUGGAGUGUAUGGAGGGAGGGGAGCUGUUCAGCCGUAUCCAGGCCAGAGGAGACCAGGCCUUCACUGAGAGAGAGGCAUCAGAGAUCAUGCACCACAUUGGCACAGCCAUAGAGUACCUCCACAACAUGGAAAUUGCUCACAGGGAUGUAAAGCCUGAAAACCUGCUCUACACCACCAAGGAGAGUAAUGCAACGCUAAAACUGACUGACUUUGGCUUUGCUAAAGAGACAACGUUGUACAACUCCCUCCAGACUCCCUGUUACACUCCAUACUACGCUGCCCCAGAGGUGCUUGGGCCAGAGAAAUAUGACAAGUCAUGUGACAUGUGGUCUCUGGGCGUAAUAAUGUAUAUUCUUCUGUGUGGGUUUCCUCCGUUCUACUCAAACACAGGUCAGGCCAUCUCUCCGGGCAUGAAGCAGAGGAUCAGGCUGGGCCAGUACGAGUUCCCAAACCCUGAGUGGGCUGAUGUGUCUGAAGAAGCCAAACAGCUCAUCAUUCAGCUUCUGAAGACAGACCCUAAUGAGAGGAUGACCAUCGGACAGUUUGUGAACCAUCCCUGGAUCAGUCAGUCAAUGGUGGUUCCUCCAACACCCCUGCACACCUCUCGAGUUUUGACAGAAGACAAGGAGCUCUGGGAUGAUGUGAAGGAGGAAAUGACCAGUGCCCUGGCCACCAUGCGUGUUGACUACGACCAGGUGAAAAUCAAAGACCUGGACCUGUCUAACAACCCACUGCUCAAUAAGAGGAGGAAGAAACCCAGUUCUGAAGGAGAAGAAACAGGAGGAGACGGUAAUGGGACAGGUGGAGGAGUGGUUUGUAGUAAUUACAGAGAAGUUACUUUUUCUGAAGAGAAUGGGAAAAUGAUAAUUUGAUACAAGUAAUAUGAAACUAUGACAACCAGUGUCAGCAAUAUUGUCCAUUUUAUGUCACUUACUUUGCUCUACUCAAUUUAUGUCUUCCUUUGUAUCACUGCACUCAAGCCUUUUGAAAAGUCAUUUGAUUUGUUUUCUCUACCAUUCAAAUUAAAAUGUUGUUUUUCAUGUUGUAUAAA